CAGUUGAAAAUGUCAGCAAAUCCUUCCGCACCUCCACUGUCUCCUACAUGUACUUCCCCUAAAGACCCUCUGUCAGGGCGCCUACAACAGCUGGGAGAAGAGCUGCAAUGCCCGUUAUGCAUCGACUAUUACGAAGAUCCCGUAGCUCUGCUGUGUCAGCACAGCUUUUGUCGUGGGUGCAUACGCCGCGCGGUACGGCCGCGGCGUGGUGAAGCGCAAGAGGUUGAGUGUCCGCUCUGCCGUGUUAAGACCCAGUUGGUCGGGUCAGCUGACACCUGCGUGCAGAAGCUGCCCCGCAAUUUUCAUCUUGCCGGGAUCAUCGAGAAAUUCCGCGCCGCGGAGAGGGAAAAACAACGGGCAGAGGAGGAGCUCGAACAGCGACAGGUGCUGGAGCAAAUCGAACAGAGUAGAAGAGAGAAAGAGGAGCAAGAAAAUCGUCAACGUCAGCAGCAGCAUCAGCAAGUGGAACAGCAGCAUCAAGAGAAUCGAAAUCAGAAACAACAGGAACCGACUUCAGGCGAUUUUGAUGGUCAAGCGACAUCAACCAAUGAAAGUCUUUCCUCCAUAAGCCCAGCAGGAGUUCAAAAAUGUAAGAAGUGUCCCUUCCCAGGUGUCAUCCAUUGUGCUGAGUGUGGUGAAGAUUUUUGCCUGGAGUGCCAGCAAACCCACUCACAUGGAGAAUCCACCAUCCGAAAAGAAUUCCACUCUGAGGAGCUCCUAAAGACUGCAUCAGACCCACCAUCCUGCGGCCAGGAAGAUCAGCCCCAGGUUGAUGGAGAACAGCAGCAACGGCUGCAGCAGCUUCAACAGAAGCAGCAGCAUCUCCAACUGGAGCUAGCCCAGCAGCAAGCACUGUCGGGCUACACCCCGGCACCAGAAUGGCAGCGGCAGCAAUCUGACCGCUGGGAGGAGCUGCACGAGAAACAGGCCGCCAGACGACAGGUCUCCGAGGACUAUCCACCUCAACACCGUGAUGACAUGCCCCAGCCCCAGCAUGCCCAGGAGCCUCUCAGUUGGCCCUUAAGUCACCAAACUCAGCAAGUCUACCAACACCAAGACCUGUCGUAUAAGCCUCAUACUCUGGGGUACCCCUAUCCGGAGCAACAGGAGCACUUUUCACCACCUCCUUCCAUGACCCCCACUUCCUCCCAGCUUACCUGCUCUCAUUGCCCCUUUCCAGCCGCCACCCACUGCGAGCAGUGCAGCUCUUACUUCUGUUGGGAGUGCAAGGGCGAUCUCCACGACUUGAAAAGUGCCCAUGCGAACCACAACAUAGUUGAGCUCAUGCAUAUGGCAAGCUUGUCCAGUCCGUGUACCUUUGGCCCUGAGCAGGACGUGAACAACUACAGUUUUCCUCCAACUAUUCCGCUGAUUCAGAUGACACCUGCAACGGCAAUUGAGGUACCGACAACAUCAAUGACGGGAGAUACUGUGAUUUAUAAGAUUCCAUACACUUGUGACAUCAGAGGCAUGGGACCAGGGAAGAAGAUCACUGUGGUUGGCCAACCUUAUGAUCGUUGUUCGCGAUUCCACAUCAACUUGAUGUGCAGCAAAAAUCUAAAAUCAGGCGACAUAGCCCUCCACUUCAACCCACGUCUCACGUGGCCCAAAAUGGUGGUUCGUAACACCAGAAUUAGCGGCAAGUAUGGGUCGGAGGAGAGGGGAGGACCUAGUCCGUAUCCUUUCAAGGCUGGGCGACCCUUCGGGAUUGAGUUCACGUGUCUCUUUGACAAAUUCAAAGUGGUUGUGGAUGGUAAGCCUUUCAUCACGUACACACACCGCAUCAAAGAUUUACAGUCGAUCAAGUAUUUGAAUGUUAACGGCGACGUUCAAAUCACGUCCAUGAGUGGUUGCAUGUAGACAAAAAGGUAUGUACAUGUUUAACAUAUAUGUG